AUGGAACCAGCUGGAAACCCACGAUGCAUCAAGCCGAGCGUCAGGCUGGCACAUCCGCCACGUGGACCGCCGCCUCUGUCGCAGCAUCGGGACAAAGCAAUGCACAUGCAGCCACGUCCGUCAGCCUCAGCAUCCCUACUCUUCUCAGCGGCGGGCGCGGGAACACGGAGCCAGCAAGUCGUCAUGAGGUCCUUCGUCCUGCUGCUGGUCUCCCUGCUGCUGGUGUCCCACGGCUCCACCGCCGUCAUCACGGGGGCCUGUGAGAAGGACUCUCAGUGUGGAGGGGGGAUGUGCUGCGCCGUGAGCUUGUGGAUCCGCAGCCUCCGCAUGUGCAUGCCCAUGGGCCAGGAGGGAGACGACUGCCACCCCCUCAGUCAGAAGGUCCCUUUCUUCGGGAAACGCCUCCACCACUCCUGCCCCUGUCUGCCCAACCUGCUGUGCAUCACCGUCGAGGAGGGCAAAUCCAAAUGCCUCUCGCCCUACAAGUAUCCAGAUUACUACCUCUGA